AAGACGUUAGUGCAAAAUAUUCAGGCUGCACACAAGAACAUAAACGACACGUAAACGUCACCAAAAAUUAGCAGCUAACAAGUCUGUUUAAGCAAGAUUAGUGAGACAUGCGAAACUAGAAAGUGUUCCGAAUUACUUCCGAGGCUGCGAGUGAGUGAAAGUGGGCAAGUGGCGCGUACGGAAACAUAUGCGAAGGUCGUCUGCGAGGAGGAGCUGCCCUGCCCCACAAGAAUCAAAAUUUUUUGCACCAGCACAGGAAGCCAACUAGCUGCUGUCGAAGAUCCGUAGAAGAGCACCCGGAGACAAUGGCGCUUCCGGGCAAUGGCAUCUACGUGGUGCGGGGCGAAAUGGCCACCCUGAUGACGGCCAUGCGACGUGGAACGCGUUGGAAUGCCACCGCCUACGUGGAUGAUGAAAAGGACUCAUUGUUAAAGCUCUUCAUUGACCUCAAGCAGGAACUGCAUCGCAUUGAGGACCUGCGCCUGAUCGAGCCACAGGUUUUCCUGGCUCCGUUUCUGGAGGUGAUUCGCACGGCCGACACCACAGGUCCACUGACUAGUCUGGCACUGGCCUCAGUUAAUAAAUUCUUGUCAUACGGUCUGAUAGAUCCCACAUCUCCGAAUCUGGCCGAUAUUGUGGAGCGGAUUGCCGAUGCCGUGACACAUGCCCGCUUUAUGGGCACCGAUCAAUCCUCUGAUAGCGUCACUUUCAUGCGCGUAAUCGAGGUGCUGCACACACUCAUUCGAAGUCCCGAAGGAGCCGCCGUCAGCAACGAGUCUAUGUGUGAGGUGAUGCUCAGUUGCUUCAAGAUCUGUUUCGAGCCCCGGCUGAGUGAGCUGUUACGUCGUUCAGCGGAACAAUCGCUUAAGGACAUGGUUCUUCUGUUCUUCAUGCGCCUUCCACAAUUCGCCGAGGAGCGUAGUGACACCAUGCUUCAGAAACGAUUUACCAUUGGCGAUGCUGCCAGCGGUGCUACUCAAGAAAAGCUCAAGCGAAAGGCUGUGGCGCCUGCCCCAAGAAAAUCCUCAACGGUAGAGGAACCUCCACAAACCCCGCAAUCUGCCAACCUGGCAGUUCCGGGCCAUCUAAAGGCACCAAUACUAGCCACUACGCCCGCCAGUCCAGCGGGGAACAUUCUGGAUAUGCAGGGCAAGAUUGCGCAGACACCAACCACAACAGCUAGUUUGGGGCCAGAAGAAACGGCUGCGCCAGAUGCACCAUCUAUUCAAGUGGAGGCAGCCGAUUCAGAACCUCUUUUGGAUAGCGAAGCUAAUGAGGGAUCCAGCACAUUGGCCGAGGCAAACAGCAGCGAAUACAUCAACUCGGUGGGCGUACGUUUCACCCAACAAUCCACCGAUCAAGACGCCGCUUCCCUCUCGCCCUACGGCCUGCCCUUCAUCCAAGAGCUCUUUCGCUUCCUCAUCAUACUUUGCAAUCCCCUUGACAAGCAGAACUCGGACAGCAUGAUGCACACGGGCCUCAGCCUGCUCACAGUUGCCUUCGAAGUGGCUGCCGAUAAUAUAGGAAAGUAUGAGGGCUUGCUGGAGUUAGUGAAAGACGAUCUGUGCAGGAAUUUGAUAUCGCUCCUCAGUUCGGAACGCCUCAGCAUAUUUGCUGCCGAUCUACAGCUCUGCUUUUUGCUCUUUGAGUCUCUGCGUGGACAUUUGAAGUUCCAGUUAGAGGGCUACCUCAAAAAACUAAGUGAAAUCAUUGCGAGCGACAAUCCCAAGACACCGUACGAGAUGCGCGAACUAGCUUUGGACAACCUGCUACAGUUGUGGCGCAUUCCAGGCUUUGUUACGGAGUUGUACAUCAACUACGAUUGCGACCUAUACUGUACGGAUAUGUUUGAGAGUCUGACCAACUUGUUGAGCAAGUACACGUUGUCAGCCACCAAUGCGGUUUACAGCACCCACAUCAUCUCGAUGGAUACGCUUAUUAGUGUUAUUGACAGCAUCGAGCGGAAUUGUGCAGCGGCCAAGAACAGCAACAACAGGGAAUCUUUGCCGGAAGUUGCCCCAGCGACAUGCGGAAGUCGCCAUUCGCGACACAACAGCGGGUUGGAGGGAAUCGUAAUUGAUUCUGGCAAUAACACAUCUGCCGAGGAACCAGUGGAAAACAUAGCCAGCUUUAUAAAUACUAGCUCACAAAGAUUGCGACUGCAAUCCGGAGAUGGGGUAGGCAUAACCACUGAACAACUAGCCAAUGUGAAACAGAAAAAGCGUCUGCUGUCCCAAGGCACUGAACGCUUUAAUCAGCGCCCGGAGAAGGGCAUCCAAUACCUGCAGGAGCACGGCAUUCUGAAUGCAGAACUAGAUCCUAUGCAGGUGGCCCUUUUCCUUCGCGAAAAUCCUGGUCUGGAUAAAAAGAUGAUCGGCGAGUACAUCUCGAAAAAGAAAAACGUGGACUCAAAGAUCCUCAUUAACUUUGUAGACUCGUUCGAUUUUACUGGUCUUCGAGUUGAUCAAGCACUGCGCCUUUAUCUUGAGACUUUUAGGUUACCGGGAGAGGCUCCAUUGAUCUUCCUGGUGCUGGAACACUUCUCCGAUCACUGGCAUACACAAAACCAAGAACCAUUUGCUAAUGUAGACGCAGCCUUCCGUUUGGCCUAUGCCAUCAUCAUGUUAAACAUGGAUCAGCACAAUUCCAAUGCAAAGCGCCUGAAUGUUCCAAUGACGCUGGAGGAUUUCACCAAAAACUUGCGUGGUCUGAAUGGCGGCGAAGAUUUUGAUCAGGAAAUGUUGGCUCAGGUCUUCAAUGCUAUUAAAAACGAAGAGAUCGUUAUGCCAGCAGAGCAAACGGGCCUGGUACGUGAGAACUAUCAAUGGAAAGUACUGCUUCGUCGCGGCGACACACACGAUGGCCAUUUCCAUUACGUUCACGAUGCGUCCUACGACGUCGAGAUCUUUAAUAUUGUGUGGGGUGCUUCUCUUAGCGCUCUUAGCUUUAUGUUCGAUAAGAGCACUGAGUCGGGCUACCAAAAAACGCUAGCAGGUUUCAGCAAAUCAGCCGCUAUAUCGGCACACUAUAAUCUGCAUUCGGACUUCGAUGCCCUCGUUUUGACUCUUUGCAAAUUCACAACGCUGUUGAGCAGCGUAGAACAGCAUGAGUCCACUCCGGCAAACAAUGAAAUUCUGCAAGCUGUAAACUUUGGACUGAAUGGCAAAGCUCAAGCGGCUAUGAGAACGGUGUUUUUGUUGGUUCACGACUAUGGCGACUGCUUGAGAGAGAGUUGGAAGCACAUUCUGGACCUAUAUCUGCAACUUUUCCGACUUAAAUUACUGCCGAAAUCUCUGAUCGAAGUCGAGGACUUCUGCGAGGCAAACGGAAAGGCCUUGCUAAUCCUGGAAAAGCCUCGCGAGAAACAGGAAUCGGGUUUGUUCUCCAGUCUCUACUCAUUUAUCAGCUCAGAGGGUCAGCGAGAGCCGACGUACGAGGAGCAGGACUUUAUAAAGCUUGGACGCAAGUGCAUCAAGGAGUGUCAGUUGGAUCAAAUGCUCCAGGAAUCAAAGUUUGUGCAAUUGGAGUCGCUGCAAGAGUUGCUUAAAUGUGUUCUGGGUCUGCUAAAGGCACCCCAGGGCCACAAAUCCAUUGGUCUGCCUUACGCCGAAGAUCAAACUGUUUUUUGGAUGGAGUUUCUGGUGAAGAUUGUGGUUCACAACCGGGAUCGUAUGAUCCCGCUGUGGCCAGCGGUUCGAGACCAGAUGUACCUGCUUUUAAUGGGAAGUGCCUCCUGCGGCUACGACUACCUGCUCAACCGCUGCAUUGUGGCGGUCCUUAAGCUGGCCAUAUAUUUGAUGCGAAACGAGGAAUUGUGUCCAAUCGUCCUGCAGUCCCUCAAGAUGCUACUGAUGCUAAAGCCUGCGCUGCUCUUGCGCAUCUCGAAACAGAUUUCCAUUGGCAUCUAUGAGCUGCUCAAAACCUCGGCUCAAAAUAUUCAUUCCGAGCAGGAUUGGCAAAUCAUCUUCAAUCUGCUUGAGUGCGUUGGAGCAGGAGCUGUUCCGCCCAAUUACGAUGAUGCCCAGCUGCCUUUACCUCCUAAUGGAAGUGCUAAGUCUGAUGGCGCUUUGAGUGGCGAGGAGGAUGCAUCGACUGCUCCCGAGCGUGGCUACACCUCGGAUUCUGAGCUCACCAAGGCGUCUGCAGCACCGGCUGCCUCAAGUCCAAGUGCCGAGAAUUGGAUUCUGGUCAACAAUAAGGAUAGCGAACUUACUACGGCCUCCAGGCCCCAGUCUCCACCAAGUUCAAGUUCUCCUCCGGUUAAUACGCUUGUCUACAGUUGCCAACUACUGGACCAUGCGCCAUUUGCACUGUUCAAGUGCUGGGAUUCGUUGGCCUUUAUUGUGAGAAGUGUGGCCCACAUCACACCCUACAAUUUUGAGGCUUGCGUCCGCUGCAUCCGUAUAUUCGUGGAAGCUUGUCGGGAUGGAGGGAUUCGUCAGCGACGGAAGCUGGAGACGGUGGCCAAACAGCGAAGCUCGAAGAAGCGCAGCGAUCGCAAGCCGGGCAUGGCCUCCUCUGCCUCGAGCAGUAAUCUUACCCUGCUAACAACCGACCCAACCGAGAGUCAAGGAAACGGAAAUGCGGCAGAGCAGGAGGACCUGGCCCAGCGCUACGAGCAGUUGUCCAUUCAACUGUUAGACCUGAUGUAUACGUUGUACACGCGGACUGCGCAGAUCUUCCGCUGGUGGGCGGAGGAGGGAUGUACAGUGCCGCAGUCGGCGGCUUUGUGGUCACCGGGUUGGUGUCCAUUGCUGCAGGGCAUAGCCAGGCUGGCCAUGGACCGGCGACGGGAGGUGCGCACCCAUGCCAUCUCGUGCCUGCAGCAGCGGGCAUUGCUGGUGCACGACCUGCAGACGUUGUCCGGCACGGAAUGGUGCUCCUGCUUCCACCAGGUGCUGUUUCCCCUGCUGAACGAACUGCUGCCGGAGAGCAGUACAGCUGGCCAACUAGACGCUUCUCUGCUCGAGGAGUCCCGCAUUCGGACAGCGACCAUUAUGUCCAAGGUGUUCCUGCAACACCUGACUACACUGAUCGAACUCGGCAGUGCCUUUAACGAGCUGUGGCUGGAUAUAUUGGACUACAUUGAACGCUUCAUGAAGGUCGGAUCGGAUACGUUGUCGGAGCAAAUGCAGGAAAUACUGAAGAACAUGCUGCUGGUUAUGCACUCGGUGCGAGUUUUCCACAAUCAGGAUGGCAGCCUACAGCAGGCUCUUUGGGAGCUCACCUGGCGGCGAAUCGGUGAAUUCCUGCCCAACCUCAAGGAGGAACUGUUCCACGACGAAGGAAAGCGAGCUCAGACCCUCACGAACCCAGCUCCUGUGGCAGUUGUGGCUCCCAUUCCGCAGCAGCAGAUACCAGCGGUGGCCAUUUUGCCCAGCCAAACGCCAACCUCAUCCAACGAGUUAAACGUGGGUGCACCCUAUCCGGUGCCAGUUGCUCCGAUUGUGCUUAACCAAGUGGAAGUGUUGUCCAACGACUUAAUACCGAGUGCUCCUACCCCGGUGGCAGUAACGCCCAAUCUGGUGUCUCCCGUGGAAUCGCCGAGACGGAGUAUUAUACUGCAGCCGCCCUUGGCAGAUGCACUGCAGCAACCACCCAGUUUUGUCUUCGCCCAGCCCCUCAUUGUUCCACCCCAGCAGCCGGCAGCAACGGACUCGCAAUCCAGCACCUUGCUCCCGGAUCUGGUGAAUGAGGCAACGGCCGCUGCCGUUCAAGCCACGCCCUCACCGCCCAUACACAGCCCACAGGAGGAGGUCCAAGCCGCACCGAUCGUGCACCAAACGAACAUCGUUACCACCAACAACACGUUCAAUAGUUACGCUAUUGGCAUGGAAUCGGAAAGCGUUGCGGAACAGAUGGAGCAUCAGCAGCAGCAACUGCUCUACCAACAGUACUACCAGCAAUAUCAGGCCCAGCAGCAGCAAUUGCAACAACAACAACAACAACAGUUGCCGGCUCAAACCAGCGAUCCUGCCAUCAAUGUGCCAAUAAGUCAUCUGCUGGCCGGAAACGCUUACCCUUCGCUACCCAAAAUGCCGCAGUCGUCCAUUGUACACAGCUUUGCACCCGUUUACGAAGCUCAGGCGGCAACCAGUGGGGCUGGGCCAGCAGCGGAUAUCUAUCAAGAAUAUGUUCAAAACCCCUAUAAUCUAACGUUGCAGCAGAAUUCCCAACACCAACACCACCAACAGCAGCAGCAACAACACCAGCAGGCUCCAGGACUAGCCGCCGCAUUCCCCGCCGUGGCAACGCCAGCGAACUACUUUAAUGUGAACGUGGAUCCCAGUAGCAUACCACCCGGAUCGGAGCUGCUCUACGGCCAGCAGUGAGAAGGAAUGUUGAAUAAGAGUUUCAAGCCACCUGACCGUUUUAUUUUGUAUCCUGUGUUGUAGAGAAGGGCGCUAGCUUCGUAGUAAAUAAUAUAAAUUUGUGUCAAUUUGUUUCUUGUUAUUUAUGUCUCCUGCAAUUAAAGUGGAAACACAUUCCGCUCUGGCGCGCGUUUAUUAUGGUAACCGAAGAACAACACUAAAUCACAUGCAAUUUCCAGCAGAAACCCCAUAAGCUUUAGUAAUGCAAAUAGUUUAAUUUAUAAUAAUUAAUUAAUUAUAUCUUCUGUAUGUUAUGCGAAGAGGCGAACUGUAAAUAAUCAAAAUUAAAAAUAUAUAAAACAAAUAAAAGAUGUAUCUUAAA